GCGAGCCACGGAGCAAUGGAGACCCGCAGCAGGGAGCUCCAAGCUGCGGAGUAUUUGGAAAAGCAUCGGAUCAAAGAGCUGACGGAGUUUCACUCUUGUUACCCAGACGAGUGCAAUGGCACCAUCUCGGCUCACUGCAACCUCCGCCUUCUGGUUUCAAGCAAUUCUCCUGCCUCAGCCUCCCAAGUAGCUGGGACUACAGAAAAACCAAGAGAAUAUUUAAUAUCCCUAUUGGAACGUCUGACAAUUGCAAAAGCAACAGGCGUAGCAUUCCCUUUCUUUAUGGAUAACUCUAAUGUUGUAUCUAUGUUUGAGAUGAUGGACUCCUCCAACAGAGGCACCAUAUCAUUUGUGCAGUAUAAAGAAGCCCUAAAAACCCUUGGUCUGUGCACUGAAGAUGAAGAUUUAGAAGAUGAUGGACACAGAAUCACUUUGGAUCAAUUCAAGGAUGAAGUGAACAAGAGGAUUAAGGACAUAUGGUCAGCAUUCUAGUAACACUAUAACUCCAAGAUAAUAAAUGAUUCUAUAAAGUU